UUCUAGGAGUUCCCCUUUGAGUCCACAGUCAUCAAUAGACAGUGAACUGAGCACUUCGGAGCUGGAAGAUGAUUCCAUCUCCAUGGGCUACAAGCUGCAGGACCUCACUGAUGUUCAGAUCAUGGCUCGUCUGCAGGAGGAGAACAAACUCCGCAGAAGCAUGCCUAACCUCGCUCGGAUGCCAAGCACCCCCACCAUCAGCAGUACUGCUGGCUUUGCUGGCUCUCCUGUCACUGUGAGGAACAGCCAGAGCUUUGACUCCAAUUUGCAUGGAGCCAGUAAUGGGAUUUCAAGGAUGCAGUCGUGUAUUCCAUCGCCAGGACAGCUUCAACACCGAGUUCACAGUGUGGGACAUUUUCCAGUGUCUGUCAGACAGCCUCUCAAAGCUACUGCCUAUGUAAGCCCCACCGUACAAGGGAGCAGUAAUAGUAGCAGCAUUCCAGUGUCCAGCAACUCGCAGCUGUACUCCAACACUGGGAUCCCAAUGCUAAACAAGACUGCUGGUCAAGGCAUCGUAGGGCGCAUACGCAGUGCUCUUCCGAGACCAUCGCUGGCUGUCAAUGGGAGUGGCAUUCCCAGAAGUAAAAUUGCACAGCCAGUUCGAAGUUUUCUUCAGCCUCCAAAGGCACUGUCAUCCCUGAGCACGAUACGGGAUGGGAACUGGAGAGACGGCUGCUAUUGAUGAAGGAUGCCCCUCAGCAGUGGAAAACACAUAACACGGAUUUCAUUACCCAGCUGGCUGGGUAACCAUGAUUUGGAAAAGGAGGGUCAUACAGUAUUAUUUUCCCCAGGAUCUUAAUCUGUAACCAUCUACAAUGCCAUGUCAUUUUUAAAAAAUGAACAUCUUAUCAAAUACUAGAGAUUGCACUUAAUCCGUUACCUGAACAGCUGCAUUGCUACCAGGCUAACAAUGGCAGUGUUGGCACUUGGAACUGAAGAAAGUAUUAUCUGUGUGCAAAAUACGAGAAUAUUUCCUUGGAACGAACUAGGAGAUUUUCCUUUUGGGCAGCUUUGCUGUACUGAAGUUCUGAGAUAAUGUAUUCAGUGUAAAGGCAUCACACAUUUUAUUUUGAAUUUCGGGGUACUUAUGUAUGUGCUUGAAUUUUUUUCUAGUGUUUUCAGUACAUUUUAUUUUGUAUACUUAAGUUCAUUUAAACUUGCCUGAACCUUGAAGUACAGAGAGAUAAUUUAACUUUUUCUGUGCCAUAAAUGAUAUUUUUGGGGUAAUGUACUUUUUUAGCGCUAGGAACAUAUCUUACAAAAUCUUACCAUUGGCAAUACAAAGCAGUAUAUUUAUGUUGCAGAAGCACAAAAAAAAAAAGGUAGCAUUCACUGGAAAUUGCCAACCAAGCUGGGUCAGCAUGGUUUUGUUGGUCUGUCACCAUUUGUUGAAUUGUUAAUUUAUUGUCAUUGUGUUUUGUAUUUAAAAUGGCAGCAUAAAUCACAUUUCACUUACAAAGGUACA